CGAGCAGGGCCCUUUCGGCGAGCUCCAGACCGUCUCCGCCAUCUCCAUGGCAGCCGCCACCUCCACCGCCAUGGCCACGGCGCACCCGGACUUGCGGAGCACCUUCCACAACUCCACUGUCAACUACCACACCCAGAUGAGGCAGCAGAAACAUUACUACCGCAGCUACGAGUACGACAUGGCUCCCGGCGGCAGCCUGCCUCCCCUCUCCACCCUGGGUAACCAGCACACCUACUGCAACAUCCCUAUGACUCUGAUCAACGGACAGAGGCCCCACGGCCAGGCCAGGACACCCAGAGAACAGAGCAUCGAGGAGGCACACGCCAAUAACGCCAUGCUACCGCUGCUGCCACGCGAGACCAGUAUAUCCAGUGUCAUCUGGUGACAGCACCAGGCUGGCAUAGGGACAGAUGGGAUAUAUUGUAUGUAGAGGGAGAACUAGCUGGCAGAGUGUGUGGUGGUGGUGGCGGUGGAGGGGGUGUUGCUACGGAGACCGUUAGUGGACUAGAGACUGCUGCUGUGGAAUUUGCACCAGGAUUCACAGGGGGAAAUCACCAACACAGGACAAGUCAUUCCGUCAGACUAAGACGACAUUUGUUUGACAAGGACUAAGAAGGAUUUGGCGUGAAAAGGAGAACCCGUUUGGUUUGAAAUGCCUGUACACACAGACACCAACGCCGAUGUUCAUUUACCCAGAAACUCAAGGAAUACAGGGUCUUGUACAUAUAUUUUAUAUUUCUUUAUAGCGUCAGUAUUUUUCUGUUGUUUUUCUUUGACCUUUCAUUCACCAGUUUUUAUCAUCAAAUUUCUACGUCUGUUUUGAUUUAUGGUUUGAAUUUUUUUGUAUUUGGGUAUGAAAGUGAAACGAUGGUCUGUGAGGUCUAUUGGCUGAACUGUUGUAAUUUUGAUCUUGACUUGUAGUGGAACUGUUGUAGUUUGAACGCUCUUUGUUUUUUAACAGUUAUGGCAUUGUAGCGGGAAAGUUUUGAUGUUUCAUUCGAAAGAAAAUGUCCUUUUUUUGUUGUCCUGGUUACAUAGAUGGAAUCUUCUUUUAUUUGUGACUCUUAUUAAACAAAACUAGAUUAUGCAACAGAUGAAGAGGCCUGGGAGUAUGCAAGAUAUGAAUAGAUGAACCGACCCAUCAGGACACUAUAGAGACUGGUGCUAGACUUGGUGUGCAAGUGUUGCAGCUCUCGCAAACAUAGUGACAUGCUCUUUUCAAAAGACAGCCUUUCUGUUCAGCUUAACAGAGACAUAUAUCACCCUAAAAACAACUAUGUGUAUUAUUUUAUGAGAAAGUAUAUUUUUGUAACAAAAAUAUAUUGCUUGGAAGUACAUACUUAUUCACAUUUCAUCCCACUAAUGACAGAAAUAGAGUAACAUGCAUUCUGUUUCCAACAUUAUUUUGCUAUGCAGUUCCCUAUUUGCAUAGCAGACAAAGUGGAUGUUUGAGUCCUUCACUAAAUGUCUUAUCUUAGUGGAAAGAUGAAAAAAUAUAAAAUCAUUUGACAUGUUUUCAUCAAGUCCUAAUAUCAUUGUUGGGUGGGGGGGGCAAUGUAUAUUUGUGUUUCGAAGACUUUUCCAUAACAGAGGAGUGUGCAUAGUAACUAGAUGUAUUCAACCUAUGAUAUAUGUCAAUGUAUUUAAAAAGAAGAAACACUGUUCACACUCGAAAACGUUCAUCAAAGCAGAUUUGUGAAAAGUAUCUUCAUUUCCCCACCGCACAUGAAUACCAGAUAACCUCGAUGUAGUGCCUCCCUGAUUUCUAUGGAGAAGGACAGCAGCCAUUUUGAGAAGACGACACACUGAACAUAGUUGACUUCCAAGAUAUGAUAUGAGUGUUGUUGUCAUAUGUUCCUAGAAGAAGAAAUGUUUAGCAUAACAUGUGACAGUCUGUCAAACGGAACACAAUUACAGGAGCAAAUCAUGGAGUUCGACCCAAGAGAAAUGUAUCUCCACACAUGGUGACAAAUAAAUGCACAUACAUUUUGAUUCCUCUGAAAUUCAACUUAAAACCCCUUCAAAUAUCCAAUGGUCCGUAGUGGUACGGGAAAAGUCAAGAUUAUCCUCAUUAUUCUUCAAGCAAGUGAGACCAAAGCUAAAAUUGUGCUUGUGAAGAAAAAAGAUCUGAAAUCCCCACCACAUGAUCCACAUUAGGGCUUGUUUUAGGGCUUGUUUUAGGGCUUUACCAAGUUUUUUGGUUACUUUCAGAUUGGCCAAAAUAUGAUGUCAUGAAGUCCAAUUAAGCAACAAUAAGAGCUACUCAAAGACCCCAACGUUGAUUUUUUACCAGGACUUGAUAAAGCCUGUUUGGGAGGCGCUUUAGUGGGGAGAUUUGGCCUGUGUUGGGUCGGUCCUGACACAACGCAUGUCCCUAUAAUGUUGCCAUGGUUACACGGAUGUAAACAGUCUCCAAGGGAACCUCAGAAAGAAAGAAAGUGGGAGACUAUGCUCUCAUACAAUCCACAAUCAUUUCAUACAUAGUUGUUGUGAGGCUAGCCCUAUGAAGUAAGAUGUGAUCAUUUACGGGAUCCAACACGCAUGUUCGAUAUACUGUAAUAUCUGAUAUCGUAACAUUGUUUUAUUGAUACUUCAUAGUGCUAGCAGCUUCUAAACAGAAACAGUGAGGGAGUGUAUUCAGUCCCGUGUAGUGCCACACAUUAUGCAAAGUAUUAACCUAUACACAAUGAGUAAACUCUGUAAGAGAUGUCUAUGUCCCCCUCGGUCUGCAAAAAUGAUUGGUUUUUCAAUUUCCCUUUGGUUUAACUUUUCAAAGUGUUGGUCUUUUUCUUCAAUGUACUGUACUCAGUUGGCUGCUUGGUAUAUCACUGAGAACAACGUCAAUUUCCAACUGUCAUUCCUGCCUGACCCAACAGAAAACACAGUAACGUUUGAUACAUUCGAGACAGAGCUCCUUUAAGGUGUGGAUUUCUUGUAUUCCUUGACAUUGUGUAUAUAAAUCAAAAAUGAUAAUAAGAUGAAGACAAUCUAGCCACAUUCAUAAAAAAAAUACGUUUGCAUUUUCAGUGAGUGGCAAACUUGUUUUAUGAACCUUUCUGGUAAUCAUAAUAAUGAUAUUAAUGAUGAUCAUAAUUAAUAAUAUAUAGCACAGAAUUAUUCCAGGCACUUUCACAAUUUUGAGACAAGAUUACGGUUCUGUUGUCUCUCCUGUUUCUGAUUCAUUUCGUUUUUUAUUAUGUACCUGCAAUGUUAAUUAAAGAGAUACUAUUAUUAUUAAUAAUAAAAACACAUUUAAUAA